CGGGCGGCCGCUUCUCAUUCAAUUCAAUUUUAUAAAUCAGUCUCCUCAAGUUCAUGACCACCGUACAUUUUGUCCAAUCGAGCCGCGAUAUGAUAACUACCAACGGAAACAAACGUCCUUGAACCGUACACGUUACUGCGCAUUUUGUCUUAGAGCAAUCACCGCAGUCAUGGCCGCUGCGGUGGUAGCUGGUACCGAUGAGGUCCUCAACAGCGGUCUUCACGCGUCAGUGAGAGACUUGUCUGAUCCUUUCCUCGACGAUGAGAAUCCUCGGCAAUCCAGUCAUUCUCACCGCUAUUCCAGUCUCGUCGAUCCGGACUCGAUCACUUUGGGCGCAGCUACAUCGCCUUCGCAAGUCAAAAGAAGCAUUAUCGCUCAUCUUGCCGAGACAGAACGCCGGCUGCACGACACGCAAAAGCUUGGAGAGUCGCUCUUAGUACAACAGUCGGAGCUCAACGACAAGUUGCGCGAGGUGGAGGAGCACCAGGAAGAUGCGGAGAUAUCUCCCGAACUGCGGAAACAACUCGCCGACUUAGAAAGAGAGCACAACGAUGUUGGCAAAGAAAUCGCGCGAGCUCUACUGGGGCCCAAGUCAAGGGCAGUCAGUGGCGAAGAAAAGCCAGGCGCUGAGCAGUCUACGUUUACGAGCCAGGCGACUGCAUCUCCCACGAAAGUUACAGCUCCAAGCCGACGACAACGCAACCAGCCCAGUAAUCGGGCCGGCGAUUUGCAAUUUGCAGCAGAUAUUUCCACGUCGCUUUUAGCACAAGUGAGAAGCCUACAGAGUGCAGUAGCUGAACGGGAUGAUCUUUUGAAGCAGGCCAAUGCUGAGAGAGAUCGGUUAGAGCAGGAAGCCCAAUUGUAUAUUCAGCGCCUCCGGGCACAGGAUGAAAGUGAGCAAAAGUACAAAGACGAAAACUGGAAUCUGGAAACCCAGACACAUGAGCUGCUUGCGGCGUCGCGUGAAGCAGCCGACCGAGAAAAAAGAUUGAAUGUCAGUCUCGCUGCUGCUGUAGCGGAGAAGGGCAGACUUCAGAGUGAGAUGGACGAAAUUAGGGUUGCCCACGAAAAAUUGACUGAUGAACACGCCACGGCAAAGAAAGCUUACGAUUCCGAGUUGCACACUCUCAAGCGUAGCAUCGACGUUGGAGAUGGCGAAAGAGCGUCAUUGCAAAACAAGGUUGAUGAGUUGACUGCCCAGAACCAUGAGCUCGCGCGGGCAGUUGCCGCACGCCUACGAGGACAGCAUCCUGACGCAGAGGCUUCAGCAGGUCCAGCUCAUGAUGAAGAAUUUGAAGACCUUGAGUCCCCCGAACAUUCGCCCCCUGCUUCUCCUACAAAAGCAACCCCACGACAUGGCGGAUUGGAAUCGGAGACCCUUCGCAGCUCGUUACAUCAUGCUCAUAGGAUGAUCCAGAACCUCAAAAACAAUAUCCACAGGGAAAAGACAGAAAAGAUCGAGCUCAAGCGUAUGCUACAAGAUGCCAGGGAUGAGCUAGAGCAGCGUCGAGGCGACGUAUCUGUAGGCAGCGGCAACAAACGACAAAAGACAAAGUCGGAUAUUUUCAAGAAGCCAGCUCGGCCUGACAUGCUCGGAGGAAGUCGACGCGCUCGCACUGAUAUUGAGCUGGAAGAUGAUGAUUGGGAGGACAACACAGUCGACUCGCCUACUAGGACACACACUCAGAGACAUCUAGCUGUGCCAGCUGGUGCCGAGAGUCGGAGCACUGACAUGAGCGACGCGUAUCAGACUGCAAAUGAGACCGAAGGCGCGUUUGAGACUGCAGACGAGCGGCACGCCACAGAGAGCGAAGAUUUCCAGACUGGUGCUGAAAGUCUUGCUGGUGAUAGCACCGAUGAUUUGACUGAAACGGAAGAUACUGCGUCUCAAUUGCGGCGGAAAGGUAUAUCCCGGGCAAAUAAGCCAUCUCUUGCCUUCAAAUCUGCUGGUGACCGGCAGUCAUACAUGAGCACCGCUUCUACUUCGGCUGGUGAAGAUGAAGAUGAACUCAAAACGCCAGUCUUUAGUCAGCCGCAGAAAUUCCGGCUCAAAAACGGCCGGACUUCAUUCGCGAGACAGUCGAGAGUUCCCACGGACGGUACUCCUACAAACUUGUACUCGGAAGGCGCGCAGCAGGACUCGCCAGCUACGGUCAGUAGUGAGCGAAGCGUGCCUGGCGCUGAGCGGAGUCUUUUUGCAGAGCUAGGCGGUAUGGAUGAUAGUUCCAACUUUGGUACGCCCGGCAGAGCUAGCAUUGCUUCAGCAGCGUCAACCCCUGGUGUCCCGGCCUACACCCCCAGUAAGCAGCCAGCACCGCAAUCGGAGCCUGUCAGUCUUGUCAAGGCGGCAAUGGUCGACUCUGCCACUAUGACCGACCCCUGGGAGCCAAACCAAUCGCAGUCGCAAGGCAGUGUGGUUGCAGUGGACGAUGUCAAAGCACCCCAUACUCCGCUCCGGGAGCAAACGCCAUCUCCUAUUCCAUCCCAAUUUCCCCUACCUCCAACUGUGCCAGUAUCGCCCGUCAAACACAUCGAUAAUGGCACACAGUACACCCCACAGAGAAUGCUGCAAGAAAGCCCUGUCAGAAAUACUGCAUUCAUUACUCCUCCCAAGACCGUUUGGGAUGAAGCACAAAGCCCGGAACAAGUGGAGCCAACCCUUGAAUCUGCCUCCCAUUCCCUGGUCCUCGAACGCCUCAACUACUCUGGUCUCUUAAUGCAGGAUACCAAGCCAGUGACGCCUGAUAAAACGGCCACGUUUACCGCUCCGUUGCGUGAACCGCUCACAAUUUCGAACAUUCACGCUCAAGUCACUGAACCAGUGCAAACGCCUCAGAAGAAACGUGUGCCUGGUGUGUCGGCUUCCACCCAACUAGAAGAUUCUCCAAGCAGACCGCAUACUGCUGAAAAGGUGGCAGCAUCAGGACUCCUUGCUUCCGCCGCAGCGGCCUUAGGCCUGUCCAAGACAAGGAACGACCGUGCGCCAGUGAUUGCCGAAGACGAGACAAGCGAACAAACAAGUGCUGUCCCAGAAAUGCCAGCAAACAUGCCAUUGAAGGAUGUCUCUGGGAAUAGUGUUCCCGUCAAGAAUACACUCGCUGGCAAAUCUGACAACGGCCGAGAGCAAGCGGAGACUCCUGCAACCAUUAGCCAAGACCAAGGUUCCCAGACGCUUCUUACUGCUCAACAAAUCGAGGAAGCUUUGCGAACAAAGUUUGCUUUGCCUGUGCCGUUGCCAGAGGGUCACAAACAAGAGGAUUCUGUUACUGGUCCGCUCAGCCCUCUCACACCAGGAGACGCUCUUGAACGACAGGAAGUUGAUAUACCCAGUUCAAUCGUGCCCGGCAUGCAAAUUGGUCAGGCUGUACCUUUACCUUCACCCACUAAGAGGCCGUCGAGUUCGUUGAGCCGGCGCUUGUCCAACAGCCACCCACCUCUCCCUCCUGACCACAAAGCUGCCAUUGCUAAAGCCGUAAGUCGGGUCGGUUCUCCGACUCGGGAGCUCAACAAUCCAGCCCAUGCGCCCACUGUCAUGGGACCGCCCGCAUUCCCAGCUUCAGCCAUGCGGCGCCCACGCACCCCAGGAGAAUCUGUACGAUCUCCUACUCGUGACAGCACUACCAGACGCACCUCUAACGUUGGUCGUCAACAGCGAGGUACCGUCACCUCACAGCUGUCACAUCGAUCGUCUGUAUCUUCGUUUGCAUCUGAAUUAGACGAGCGCUUCAACAUCCAUCCCGCUGGACAGAUGUCGGCGCAUGGCUUUGGCACAGACCCCAGGAUCAUCCAAGCGAUAACACAAACCAUGAUAGGAGAGUUUUUGUGGAAAUACACUCGCAAGGCUGGACGAGCCGAGAUGUCUGAAACAAGGCAUCGACGGUACUUCUGGGUACACCCAUAUACUAAGACUCUAUAUUGGUCUGACCAAGACCCCCAAACUGCGGGUAGGAAUGAGCUGAAAGCAAAGAGCGUGCUCAUCGAAAGCGUCAAAGUCAUAUCCGAUGACAACCCCAUGCCCCCUGGACUGCAUCGAAAGAGUCUCGAAGUCAUCACUCCUGGCCGUCGUGUGAGAUUUACUGCAAGCACUGGACAGAGACACGAGACUUGGUACAACGCAUUAAAUUACCUGCUACUUCGUGGCGAUGAUCCUAGUGAUGGCAGCUAUCAAGCUGGCGGCGCGGAAAUCACCCGGGAUGAUGUUGACGAAUUCAACGUCAAUGCCAGCGGAUAUGGAGCUACACUGGCCCCAAGUGCCAGUCGUAUGAGUCUGUCAAGCUACAACUCUCGAACCACCAGAGGCACCAGUACCAACCGAGCCUCUGGUGCUCAGAGACCAUCCCUCGGUGUUGCCACGACUGGUCCCACGCGUCAAUCUCACGGUACUGUUAAUGAUUCAAGCCUUCGACAGAGUCGUGUCGAGCAGACCCAGGACGCCGACAUGGAACGCACGGGUCGUGCCAGUAGUGUUAGCCGUUUCUCGCGCAUGAUUGGAUCUGUCACGGGAAGGUCUCGGAGGAUGAGUGAGGCAGCCAAUCACCCUUCCGGAGCACGAUCCGAGGUUGGUAGCAUCUACGAUGCCAGUGUAGUGAGUGAUGGGCGCAAAGAUUCUGCGGAAGAGCUUCGCAGAGAGAUGUUGAGACAGGAACAAGUCGGCUUUGGCGGACUCGAGAAUGUCCGGGCUUGCUGUGACGGCAAACAUGACGUCUCGACCCUAAGUCACAGCCAUCGACAUGGUACACCUCAUGGCCACGGACAUCGAUCUCUGAGUAUGAGUUUCCGAGGCUCUGCUAGACGAGGGGGUCCGGGUUCCAUGCCCGGCACAGCAGCUGCCACGCCGACCAGACCAACGGCGGCGACAACUGGGCCUUAGAACUUCUAUCACGAGUUUGAGCGGAGGCAUGAGCGUUGAGAGAUUGGGAGCGAGGGUGAAUGGUAUGGUGCAAAGAGCGGUAGCACCCCCUUUUGGAUAUGCCAUCUGAAAAGAACGUCGGUAAUGCAUAAUGAUCAGUACAUGGCAGGCACGCGGAGUGUAAUUUGUCUCAUGGUGGUAUUGAUUCUUGAGUCCAUCGCGAUGAAACUAAAUGAGUGGCAUGUAGUUGAUGACCUAGCUAUAUUUCAUUCUUGGAGAUGGUCAAUGGGCUUUGCUUCUGGUAAAGAAAAUCUUGAUGUUUACAGGUGAAGAGGGAGGCCUAGAUAAAUCAGCAAUGGAGUGUGUACACCCAAUGUGAAAGGAAGGAUUUAUUUUGUCUGCCGUGCUGUGGCGAAUGAUUCCGAUAGCGUGGGUGAUACGAACCUCACGCACUGUGC